AUGGAUUCCGAGAAUCGUGUAAUUCUGAACGUUGGUGGUAUACGGCACGAGACUUAUAAGGCCACAUUGAAAAAGAUUCCAGCCACACGGCUUUCACGACUCACAGAGGCGUUGGCCAACUACGAUCCUAUACUGAACGAAUACUUUUUCGAUCGACAUCCUGGCGUGUUCGGUCAGAUACUGAACUACUACCGCACGGGGAAAUUGCACUAUCCGACAGAUGUGUGCGGACCACUGUUUGAGGAGGAGUUGGAGUUUUGGGGUCUGGAUGCAAAUCAAGUGAGUUUAUGGCCUCGGGAGAAAGCGUGA